GGUAUUUCCUCUAAACACGUGUCGAGUCUGCGCAAAGCUAGCUAGCUGAAGUCAUAUCUCGUAUUAUCGUGAGUUCACUAUCAAGGUAAAAUUAAAUCCAUCUUUUCUGCAGGUUAGGCCUUGUGAAAGGAGAAAUACUCGGUCUAGUUCCCAAGCCUCUACAGUUAUGGCAUCAGUGAGGUCUGGUUCGGGGGUGAAGCCCAAAUGGCCAGGCAGGGAAUCUCACCUUAGCACUGAGAGUGAAAGUGAAGUGAAGCUAACUGUGGAUUCAAAGGCUCCUCUGGAAUCAUCCAACCGCAAGUCGCUCGGUGGAGCCCAGGCACAGAGUCAACAGGUGGCCCCGCCCACCAGCAGAUCCAAGACAGAGAUCACGUUCGAAAACUGGAACCCAAUGGAGCAGGAUUACAACGACACGUCCUUCAAUAGCUACAACAGGGGAUCGGCCGCAGGAAUAAGCGGAACAAAUGCCAGUCGCCCGGACAAAAGGAGCGGCAAGCUCACCCUGUUUGUCGGCAAUCUCCCCACAGAGAUGACAGAGGAAGGACUUUCAAAUUUGUUUGGCCAUGUUUGCGACACAGUUCACGUGAAAGUCUGCCAGCCCAGAGACAGAAACAGCGACACAACGUUUGGAUUUGUGGACGUGCCAUCCAUCAAAGACGGGGAAGAAGCUAUCAAAAGACUGGACGGGCACACAAUUCGACACCGACGGAUAAAGGUUGCAUUCAAGCGGGAAAAAGUGACCAAGCCAGUCGAGGCGUCCAGCUGUGAUUCCCCGGAGGAAUGGGACCCACCCAGUAAUGCGCCCAAACGCAUCGGCAAGACCCCGCCCACCAAGCAGAGCACACCCAGCACCAAGCGACAAUCCAGCGGUUCAGGCCGGACGUCCACAGGCAGUUCAGAGGCUGAAGAAGACAGGACAAAGGCGAAAAGGCAGACAGCACAACCUCGCAGAAUGGAAGAUCGCUAUGGCACCUCAUUAAAGCCUAAAUCAUUUAAAGAGGCAUCGGUGAUUAAAAGCUCAACCGGUCCUGGUGGGGGUCAGACAAAGAGUCCUCCACGAGCAGACGAGACGCAGGCAAACAGGGCUGACAGCACGCCCCCUCCGAGCCCUCUCCAGGCCCUGCUGCAGAAGAUGCGUGGCACCGGCAAGAGCAGUCCAGAGGCCGGCCAAGGCAAGGACAAGACCCAGCAGGCUGGCAUUCUGAGCGACGGUCAGACAGUCACAAGCCCAGGGUUCAAGAGUCUGGCAGGGGGCACAGGACAGGCCGGUAGGAGCCGCGGGAGAGAGGCCGACUCUGACUCUGCCCAAGAGGACGCUCCUGUCAAAAGUGUGACACCGGCAACUGCUGAGAAACAUCACCAAGCAGGAACAACAUCUCAAAAGGGUGAACGGCUGGGCAGUUCACCCUCAGUCGCUGAUCAGAGUGUUAAGAUUGAACAGGUGACAAAUUGUAACUCAGCUCCAACUAAAACUGCUCCACAACCUCUCUUGUCUCUCAGUCAUGAACCAAUCGAAGGGCAGACCGACCGUGUAGGAGGGAAGGAGACACGGGUCCACGAGAUAGGACAAAGUGAUAACCUCUCAAGGAGCCAGGGUCCCAAACGUAACAAGCAAGAUGGGAUUCUAGGAGCAGCACCGCAGUCACUGUUACCGCAGCCGCACAGCCUAGCCCUUUCCAGUAGUCAGAAUUUCUGCUUUGAGGGUGGGGCACAUGAGCGCCAUGAGGCCAACCGGCACGGACUCCUCGGCCAUCACCCCCACCACCAUCAUGGUCCCGUACCAAAGAACGGCCCCUUCACCAGGGCAGAUUUCUCUCCUACGUACCGUGAUGAUGGCCUAGCGGAGGGCGGAUCUUAUCCCCUGUGCCAUCACCAGUCCAAGCCCCAUCGGCAGAUGCAGCACUCACAUUACGCCCUUGGGCCCAACUUUCCCCAGGAGCCCCCCUACAGACCUGCACACCCUUAUGCUAGUCACUCCCAAUAUGGUAGAAGCCCCUUACAUCCUCUUACGGGCUAUUCGGUGCAACACGGCCAUUACAGUGGCAGAGGCAUGUAUCAGAUGGGAUAUCCACAACCGAGUCUAGGUUCGGCAGGAUUUAGAAGUGGCCGUCUCCAGAACAAUCGACCCAAAUCUUCUCCAAGAUCCUCAGCAGCACCACCCAAGGCUCUCCCCAACCCGGACGGCGAAGCCUCCCAUUCAUCCAAAACACAACAACCCAAGUCACCCUCGGAUAAAAGCCCUGCUGGAAAAAGAAAAACCCAAAAUGAAGAAGAGCCAAAAGCCAAGACUGUUGGUGAAGGACCAGUUGCUGGAAACCAGGGCCGAGACACCAAGCGUACAUCGCUCAAUGAAACGGCCCCAGUGCCAGCCCAAAAAUCACCAAAAUCUGGGCUUCAAACUCCAGAGGGACAGCCCACAGCUGUAGACAAAACCCCGACCAGUAAAUCAUUGGCCAGUGCUGAAGGUCAGAGGUCACUGCACAAGAGUCCGCAGGGCUCAGAAGACCCUAAACCCUGUGUACUCUGUGGUAAAACAAGUCUCCUCCGCUGCAGUAAGUGCAAAAGCAGUUAUUGCUCUCGGGAAUGUCAGAAGGAACACUGGCCCACCCACAAGCACGAGUGUCAAAAGGUCGCCAGCGCCCAAGGAUUAACUGCGGCGUCCAGCGCUUCUAGCAAGGACCCUUCCCCUGCCAAGCCUCAGUCCACCACGCUUCCAAGGAAGACCACCGAAGUUCUUCACGGUGGGAUCGAGGGGCUGUUCAUGGCCCGCAACCUGCCCUACGAGAUUCCUGAGAAACCAGAGAUGAGGGUUUUGGUGACGGAGGUUUACAGUCCCGGCGAGCUCUGGGUGCAACUUGUGCAGGAACGCAGCAUAGGCGGGUUUGCUGACCUCGUUGAACUUCUCGACAGUGUUUACACAGACCCUUCCCAGGCUGAACAGCUGACUUGCACUGCUAAGGUUGGAGGCAUUUGCGCGGCCCGGUACUCUCAAGACGCUCAGUGGUACCGCGGAGAGGUGGUGUCCAUCAACGGGGCCGUGUGCACCGUCUGCCUGAUUGAUUACGGGACAGUGGAUGAGGUGCCGGUUGAUGGGCUGCGUCGGCUGCAAGAUGCCAUGCUGAAAUUACCCAAGCAGGCUCUGAAGUGCCACUUGAGCGGUGUCAAGCCCCCUGGUGGCUCAUGGUCCACAGAAGCCACCGAGACACUCAAGUCCAUGAUCAACAAAGAGGAGAACUGCACUAGGGCAGAGUUCAAAGGUCGGGUAUCAGAAGGUCAAGAGAUUGAACUGUACAGCCCAGAGGAUCCCACAAAGACUCUUUCAUCAAUCCUGAUUUCGGCUGGCUUAGCAGAAGCCACUAGCACCGCCGGCUCUUGCCAGCCAACGAGGAGCCUCCCGACGGUGUCUCCAGGCCCCUCCCUAGCUAGCCUAGGCUCAGCCCUGGACGGCAUAUCGGCAGGCCAGCAACUCGAAGUCAUGGUCAGCCACGUGGACAACCUGAGCUGCUUUUACGCCAACCUCUUCAAUAGCGCCCAGGCAUUGCUGGAGUUGCACCACAGACUGAACGCACACUAUGCCAAGAUGCCACCGAGAGCAGGAUUCAGACCUGGCGUUGGUAUGCUCUGCGCUGCCAAAUACAGCAUGGAUGGUAAUUGGUACCGAGCCGUCAGAGAUGAAAAGUCUGGACCCGUGCCCAACAGAACAUCCUUACCAAUCACCUUCAUCGAUCACGGCAACAGUGAGACAGUCAGCCUUGACGACUGUCGCCCCCUGGAGGCACAGUUCACCAUGCUGCCUAGACAGGCCCUGCUGUGCAGCCUGGCAGGCGUCAAGCCGGACAAGUCCGACUGGCCAGAGGAGAUGAUCGCGGCUUUUAAAGAGUGGUUGAUGGACGGCUACACCCGUAUUGAGAUCAGAGCUAAAAGCGGCAGUCGGCUGAACGUGGAGAUAUUCUCCCUCCAAUCUGGAGCAGGACAGGACAUCCAGGAUAUUUCCUUCAAUGCGCUCUUGCGGCAUUCCGGCUUUGGCGCUGUUGACGAAGUAGGCGCCGCCGAACAGGUGUCGACAAACUCAGCCGAUCGGACCCCAACCAACGAGAUGGCCACACCCGCGGAGGAAGCAGUCGCUGGCAAGAAGAGCAGAGGCUUGCCUGUCGUCGAACCUCCACACAGCGAGUUCCAUGGCUUCGUGACUGUUGUCAAUGACCCCAACAACUUCUACCUUCAAGUUGACAGCGAGGAGAAUAGGGAGAUAUUCCUCACCUUCACGGAGCAUCUCAACACAAGAUACACCCUGCAAGACCUUGCCCCGCACAAGCCAAGCGUAGGGGAAUACUGUGCCGUCAUUUACUCUGAUGACGCAUGGUACAGGGCCCUUGUUGUGGACCAGGUGGUCCCGGGACCAGCAUUCAAGGUCCUGUUAGUGGACUACGGGGAAGACGCAGUGCUCCCAUUGGACAGAAUCAGACAACUGGAGGAGAGGUUUUACGACCAACCGGCAGUGGCCCUCCAUUGCAGUUUAACGUGUACAGCGGCGCCCUCUUGUGACAGAAAAUGGACUGAAGCAGCAAUAAAACAUUUCAAAGAAAAGGUCCUCAAUCAGUUGUGCCAAGUCAAUAUUGCGACGUUUGAGAAUGGUAAGUGUGAGGUGGAGCUUCUUUAUCCAGGAAGAGGGAUGAACGAGCUGACGUCCAUCAAGAGAGAUCUUAUCCAGAAGGGAUGGGCAGUGUGCAAGGGUACCCCGUCAUCCAAUGAGGCGCAUGCUUUGGGAUCAGGUGACCACCAAGUGUCCAAUCACAGUGCUGCUUCCAGGGGGUCUCCCAAAGUUGAUAGCUCUUCCAGCAUGCUGCCAGCCAAUCAUGGUGUGUCUCAUUCUCCAUCAGUCAGUCAGAGUGUUCCAUCUUUGCCGGCGCCACAAGUGCCUACAGAAGACUUCUUGGGAUUGGUCACUGUGGUGAGCGACAUGGGGGAUGUAUACGUUCAGGUUGCCACGGAUGAAAAUGCAUGUGCCGUGCAGUCGUUGGUGCUCAAUCUGAACCAGCAUUAUGCGCUGGCCCCACUGCGCCCUCACAGGCCAGGCAUAGGUGAAUGCUGUGCCUCCAAGUACAAGAUGGACAAUUUGUGGUACAGGGGUCGGGUCCUGGGUGGUGGCUCGAGCCAAGAUACACCCCUGGAGAUCUUUUUUGUAGAUUACGGGAACACGGAAACCGUUUCCCCGGAGGACGUCCAGAAGCUUGAGGAGAAGUUUAAACAUAUUCCCGUAGCUGCCAUCCACUGCCGUUUGAGUGGCCUCAGAGCGCCCUCCAGAGAUGAUGCUUGGAACAGUGAUCUUAGAAAAGAGAUCCUGGAGAAAGCCUUCAAGGUUCAUGUCACAAAGUAUGAUGGGAAGGUUUGUGAGGUAGAGCUUCUCUACUCCAACGAUGACAGUAAUUGGUGCUCCCUCAACAAAGAGUUGAUUGUCAAGGGAUUGGCAGAGCCAGUUGCAAUGGAGAAUCACUCCCCGGGUCCAUCAGGUGAUCACCAGUCAGCCAAUCAGGAGCAGCAGAGGAAAACUCAGCCUGCUUUGUCAGCCAAUAAGAAUGAGCAGUCAUUGUCGCAGCUGCCGGUCUUCGACCGGGUGAUCCUGCCCACAACCUGUGGCGUUCCCGAAACAUUGGCUAAUGAAGAGAUGGAAUUGAAGUCAGGUGAUCGUGUGGAGGCUGGACUUGCUAAGCUCCCCGACGGCAUCCCACCUCCAGCUGAGUUUACCGCAAUCCUGACCUGUGUGAGCUCCCCAUGCGACUUCCACUUGCAGAUCAAGAGCAACGAUUACAUCCAGCUGAGUCGGCUGCUGCGAACGGAGCUCAACCGUCACUAUCCCCGCGCGGGGGAACGCCCCCACCUGCCCCGCGCCGGCGAUCUGUGCGCGGCCAUGUACAGCGCCGACGGGGAGUGGUACAGGGCCCUGGCAUUAAUGGAGGUGGCCCCUGAACAGGCAUUCAAGGUGAUGUUUGUGGACUACGGCAACUGGGAGGUGGUGCCCGUUGAACGGCUGCAAAAGCUGGAGGGCGACUUUCUGGAGGUGCCGCGUCUGGCGCAUCGGUGUUCCUUGAGUGGUGUGAUGGCACCCUCAGGAGAUAAGGAGGCGCGACAGUUUGCAGAGGCGGCAUGUUAUAUUUCAACGGAGUUGAUUGAGAAGGACAAGGAUUGCCAGGUCAAGUUGGUGAAGCAUGAUGGGAAGGUUUAUGAGGUGGAGCUUCAGUACUCCAGUGAUGACGGCUCUGAGAUCCACAACCUGAAGGAUGAGCUCAUCAGACUAGGCUUGGCUAGGCCGAUGACUAUGGCAACCACUCCAAACAAAGAGGGUCGCCUUCUAGCAAGGACCCUGCAGAAGGCCAUUCUGCCCACCAACACUCAAGUUGCGGUCACGGUGACUCACGUAGUCAAUCCUCACGAGUUCUACUGCCAGCUGAUCAUCCGAGAAGAAAUCGACAAGCUGAAGUUCCUGAUGGAACAAAUUGCCCAGGAAGCCGUCAGUCUACAGCUGAGGGGCCCGCCGAUGGUUGGCGACCUGUGCUUAGCGAAAUACACAGAUGACUACUGGUAUAGGGCGGAGGUCCUCAAGAUCAAUCAGGCCAAGGAGAGAGCCCUCGUUUACUAUGUCGACUUCGGCAAUGAGGAGCCCUUGCCAUGGUCACAAUUGGUGACCCCUGAGGGCCAAUUUGCUGAGCUGCCCAUGCAAGCCAUACGGUGCGGACUACAAGGUCUGCCGCGCGACAUCGCCGUCAACGAGCAGACAGUGUGCGAUUUGAUCAGAGAGCGCACCGACGCCAAGCGAAUGCUGGCCAAGAUGAGUGGCACGACGGAUGAUGGGACAUCACUGAUCUCGUUAAUUGACGAGGAUGGCACAGACAUCGGUCAGCUUGUCAAAGAUCACCUGUCCGGGGCUGCCAGCCCCGCUGCGCCCAAGAGCCCCCUGCCAGACUUGCCCGUCUCCCCCUCGGGCUCGGUGGCAUCGCCUGGUACGGCGGCCUCCGACCCGGCCAAGCUGGACGCCCUGAAGCGGGAGAUUGAGCUGAAGAAGAGAGAGCUGGAGGAACAGAUUGAGGCGCGGCAGCGGGAGCUGGCCGAGAUGGAACGAAUCAGGGCCAGUCUGGAGCAGGCACUGUGAGAAGAGACAAAAGAAGUCUCACUAGGAAGAAGGUAACCGUUUCUUCACCACCGGCGGCUCGAGGCAGCCUUGUAAUCCUGUGCGUAGGCGUCGGGGUUGGUGCUUCUUGUUUUCCUCCCCCCCCCUGGAAAAAUAAGAGCAAAGACAGGGAAAGGAGAUAGAAACGAAAAUGUGAGAAGGCAAGAGGAUGAAAAUCACCAAGUUGUGUGAAAAUAUCUGGGAAUUGACCUUACUCCAUCAUUGAUCGUUUGCUGCCAAGUGGUUCUCCUCUUACAAAGUGCUUCCUCCUCCUUGUUGUCAACACCCCUGGUCAUUUCUACCACAAGUCCCUGCGAUUUCGAAACUGUACGCAGUCCGUCACAAGUCGUCAAGUCAUGAGCUAGUCAAAUGCACUUUGAUUGUCACCUUUGUCAACUUGUGUCGUGACCGAACUUGUGACUGGCCUUGUGAAGGGACUUUUGAAAGGGUUUCUGAGGGACCUGAUUCCAACGCUGGUUUGAGGACCCUUGAAAUGCCAUGAGACACAAUGUGCUUAUGGUUUGAUUCAAAGUGAAGGAUUUUCCAGGAUUCAGGACUGUCCACAGCAAAAUGGACAAGGCAGUUAGCAUUUAUUGUAAGCUGAUUUUAAGAUAUGCAAGAAAGCAACAGUUGACUUGUUUCCUUCCUCUGAUUAUUUCCACCGUUUCAAAAUGCAGUCAAGAGGAGAGCUUGUUUCCUUAAACCAGUUGACUUUAAGCAGAACCUGUCAAAUUGCAACAGGAAAUAUGUUCUUUUGGAUAUUUUUGUAGAAAACAGCCUAGAUAUUUCUUUUUUAAAAAAGCCUUUCGUGACUGUUCAUAAUUUAUUGGAGAACAUGUGACUCAAAAGAUUUCUUUUCAUUGGCCAAGAGCUAGCCAAUCAUAGAUUCUUAAAGAUGCGACCUAUGGGGUUUAAGAUUUUCCUUUAUUCUAUUCGACUUGAAUACAUUCUUGUUUGAAUGUCUGUUCUGGAGAGUUUUUUGUGUUAAGUUAUUUAUUGGGGAUUCUAGAACUCCCCUGAAAAUUUAAUUUUCUUUUCAUUUUUGAUAUCAUUUUCCACUGAGAAAAAAUGUGAAACAGUAUUUUAAAAAUCCACGAUUUUCCGCGACAGUGGUAGGAAUAAUUUCAUGAGGUGACAGAAUGUUUGAUUCUUAGACCUGCAGAUGAAUCAAAUUACUGUCAUUAUUCUGAUUAUAUGAUGCCUUAAUAAACCCUAAAUCCUACGUCAUUUGCAAGUUCCAAAAUUCUUCAGCCCUUGGAAGAAACAGUGUGUGGCAUUUGUCAAAUACCAGUGGUACAGGAGCUUUGUGAGAGAACAACCCAUGGUGUGACUGUGCAACGGAACUUCCAUUUAUUGUGGAAUGGAACUUCUGUAUUUGCGUUGGGUUGAUGGCUUCUAUGAAGCGAUUACCAUCCCACCGACAGGGACUAAUUCAGGGAUUGUGUAGUAGUGUAGGUUUUUCUUUACUCUAAAUUUGAAGCAGACGUGUAGAGUGUAGUUAACGUUUCGUCAAUAACCUAAUUUCUAACAGAUGAAGUAGAUUAAGAAAAGAAGUUCAGCCAAUUUUUUGCCAUGAGUAAAAUAUAUAUGCGUUAACAAUAUGUACUGAAAAUCACAAAUUACAUAUUGGAAUUUUGAUAUGUUGAGGUAUAGUCAAGAUAGCUAUGCAUUGAAAAAUUGUUUAUGAAAAAAUGUGUAUACCUAGAUGUGAGCUGUGAUAAGCAACACAACGUAUCUAACAAACAACCUUCAAAAGUGCUUUAAGCGCUUCAACUUUAAUUCGGACAUAAGGCCGAAAGAAAGUUCUUCUGGCUACCCAAACUUUAGUGGUAAGUUUUAAGAAGCACACAUACACAGAACAAUGCUGUCAAGUUUGUCAAAGGGGCCAAAAAUGGGCCAAAACAUUUUUGAGACAAAAUGUCCCAUUGUGGCCCCCUUUCUCAAAACCUGAAUGCACCACUGCUUCGGUGCAGUAAUUAUCGAAUAAACCUUUAAUAACCAGUUAAUGCCAGAGUUUCUUACCCGAAAAAGUGGUCGGGGGCAGGUUUUUCUCCUGCAAUUUCUUCCAAAUUGCAAUUUAUUUAUGACACAACCAAGCACGACAUAUUAACCACUACCUGCCGGGUGGAUUU